CUUAAUAAAUUUUUCAUAGUAUUGGAUUUCUUUUCUUCUCAAACGAAACUGAGAUUCUCUAAUUCCGUUCCUUCCGUAGGCCCCCAGAUCCGUUUUGCCCUAUUCCGGAGAUGAAGAACCCCAGGAAGAAGAAGAGACCGAAGCCGCAGAAGAAGCUUGAGAAGAACAAAGGCGUUGUUGCUGCUGCUGCUGUUGUUGCCGAGAACGAAAACGAAAACGAAGAAGAAAAGAGAAAACGCAGCAUUUUGGAGGCACUGGUUGAGGCCUUCUCCUUGUCUUCAGUCAGGGAAGCUUCCAUGGCCUAUAACAUUGCCGGCGGUGAUCCCGACAGGGCUUCGGAGAUCCUAAGGAAGGGUUUUUCGGACAGAUCCGAGGAUUCGUUCUCGUGUUUUUCUUACGGCUCUUCUUCUUCUUCUUCCUCUUCGUCGGGGUUGGAAUUGGGUUCGAAAGGUGGUUGGAGGCAGCAGCAGCAGCAGCAGAAGAAGAUGGUUGCUUCAACCGGCACUGUUUCAACGGUUUUGGGGAAGGAAUAUGUGAGGAGGAACAAUAAUAAUAUAAGGAACAAAGGGUUAAGUUCUAAUGGAGUUUUUGAAAUGGAGGAGGCAGAGCAGUUCCUCUGCUCUAUGCUUGGCGAUGAUUCUGAUAUUAACUUGGCUGUUGUUAGAGACGUUCUUUGUCAGUGUGGAAAUGAUAUUGAAAGGGCCUCAGAUAUAUUGCUUGAUUUAGCUGCUUCCACAAAUGAGAAACCGAAUACUGCUAGACAUCCUAACUACGGAGUGGACAACAUAGAUGAUGAGAGGUUCUUUGCUGACCCCAAUGACAGUUUGAUAGACAGGAGAUUAGAGUGCACAUCUCUUUCAUGGGAAGGUUAUCUUUCUACUAAUCCAUGGUCUGUUGGAUCUUUUGGAAGGAAAUAUGCGGAGGUUCUCAAUAAUUCUAAAGCUAAUUCUGCUGUUAGCCCAGGAUGUACAAAGUCUGAGAUUCCUCAGAAGGUGUUGGAAUCUUUGUUUAACAUUCCCAAAAGCACUGAACAUGACAAAAAUACCAUGAAUUGGAGAAAUGUAGUAAAGAAAAUUCAGUCUUUGGGACCUGGGUUCUAUGUUUCUCCGCAUGUUGCAGAAUCUCAGCAACGUACUUGUGCCAAGGGAGAUGAAUAUCAUGUGUUUAGGGAAGAUUCAAGGAAGCAAUGGGAUUCAGUGAAAUCUUAUUAUACGAAAGCUGCAACAGCAUAUACCAAACGGGAACGAGCUUAUGCUGCGUAUCUUUCCGACCAGGGUAAAGAACAAACUAAAUUAGCUCAGAAAGCAGACACUAAGGCCAGCCAUGACAUAUUUGUAGCUAGUGGCAUAUGCAGAAACAAAGGUAUAGAAAAUGUGAUAACUAUUGACUUACAUGGGCAGCACGUAAAACAAGCAAUGAGAAUGCUGAAACUUCACCUUCUGUUUGGAUCAUAUGUUCCCUCUGUCCAGACUCUAAGGGUCAUUACAGGAUGUGGAUCACAUGGUGUUGGAAAGUCUAAGCUGAAACAAUCAGUUAUAAACCUUUUAGAUAGAGAAGCAAUUGAAUGGAGGGAAGAGAACCGGGGAACUGUGUUGAUUAAACUCAGCAGAUGGAGAGAGUAUAGCUUUCUGGACACCAGCAGUGACAGUGACAGUAAUGAUUAAGCAUGUCUAAGUGCAUCAGCUUGUUGUACCAUAUUUAGAUCAAUUGCCUGGCGAAAAUAAAUAAAUUAGAGCUGUGACAUUGACAUGUACAUUAUUUUGUUAGCCAAGCUAGACCUUGGGACAUUUUGGGAUCAUAUCAUGUAGAGCAGAACCUGUAGCUCAAUUGAAUCUGGUUGUAUGAGUCAGAAUUGCAUUUCUUGAUUAGGCUAAUGACCCAGCUGUGUACAUACAUGAAUAUGUAAAGAUGAUGUUUGAUUUUCAGGAUUUUAUGUUUAAUUUCUCCAUAUUGUUAUUUAAAA